AUGUAUACCAGUAACUUUCUUAUAGUGCUCAUUGGGCUUCAUUCGACAUCAGCAUUCUCGAUUGACACGAGAACUGAUGUCGUAGCUUCGAGACCUGAUGUAGAAGUGGAAUUGGAUUUAGACCUCAACUCAAAUAUGCAGUGGGAUGGUUACCCAUCAUCCCACUCAAACCAACCUAGUCAUUCGAAGCUGCCCGAAGGUGAGCCAUUGGAAUUCAACAUUCAUCCAAUCAAAGGUUCGAUAGCCCCAUCUGUGCCAUUGUCGACAGUAUUGAAACCUCAUAGCUUUAACUUUGGUCGAGGCCCAGCGUACGUGACAACAAAAGCGGUUGAAAAUGGUACGGAACUCUUGUCAGUACCAAUGAGUCAUGUCAUGAGCAAGACUUCUGCGGCAAAGGGGCGAGUAGGGCUGUUACUGGAGGCAAAUCCAGACUUGCCACUACCAAUCGCAUUGGGACUGCAUCUGCUAGAAGAAAAAGCACUUGGAGUAGCCUCCAACUUUUUCGACUUAAUAACCACAUUACCAACCGCAAAUGAGAUCAAUAGUACAUUGUUCUACUCUGAAGACGAGCUCAGCGAGAUGGAGGGGUCACAACUGCUACGUUUCACGCUCGCAAGAGAUCAAGCUGUCGACGCUUUCUACGAUGCACUAGUCCAACCGGUAACAUCACGUGAAGCUGUAGAUCCUCCGAUUUUACAAAAGGACGAAUUUACACCAACUCAGUUUCGCUGGGCAAUGGGUGUCGUAUGGUCAUGUUCUUUUCAGUUGGGUGAUGACGAAGCUGACGUCGUACUGGCACCUGUUUUGAGUACGAUUGGUAUCUGCACUACAUUUGAUAGCGACGGCGGCAUGACGUGUCCCUCGACACAAGUUAAAGUAGAUACUAAUACGCAGAGAUUGGUGGUAUACGCUUCUGCACCUCUUACAAAAGGUCAAGAAGUGCGUCUCUUCAUGCCUGGUAAAUCCUCGACACAACUCAUGCUCAAUCACGGCUUUGCCAAUGAAAGGGCUUUACCGAAGCUGGAUAAAUUGGACUUGACUGUGACGCUGGAUCCGAGUGAUGCUCUUGCACAAUUGAAAAAUUAUUUGCUACAAUCGCAGCUCAACGAAAGUACCAAUGCGACGUAUGCCUUUUAUUAUGGAAGCUCAACAAUUGAAGAAACAGUUGCAGCGUCUUUGAAAAUGAAACUCUUGUCAGGUGUUGAGCUUGCACAUUACAAAGAGCUCUUGCCAAGGUCAGAAGAAAGUGAAACUCAAGAUGAUCGACGAAUCAUAAGUCUUCGAAAUGAAUUUGUGUUCACACGUGCUAUCAUCUCGACGUGCACAGCACUAUUACAGCAGUACCCGACAUCCAUGGAUCAAGACGUCCAAGUCCUUGCUAAAUUAACUCAACAAAAUGAUGUUGAGAGUACACGCAGGGCACAUGUCCAGCGCAUUUUGAUCAUAGAGAAAAAGAUUCUGAACGAGACGAUGGAGAUUGCACUGGAAGAGUGGAAAACGCUCGUGUUUUCAACACAUCCUAAUUUGAUCGAAGUCUAA